AUGGCCCAGGGCAGGCCCAAGGCGGCGGCCAAGCGGCCCGGGCGGGCGGUGGCGACCCCGGCCCGGGGGGUGCGGGGGCCGCGGAAGGGAGGCCGGACCAUCGCCCCCAAGAAGCUCCGUCGCCUGGAGGUGGGCAUCCGGAUGAAGAUCGAGCGGGACGCGGUGCAGCGGGCGGGCGCGGGGCUGCCCAAGAAGCUGGCGGUGGUGGCCGCGCCCCCCCCCCCGCCCCCCGCAAGGGCAAAGCCAAGAAGGGCCGGGGCUGAGCCCCCCCCCCCCCCCCCCGGAGCUGUCAGGGGCUCGGCCCGGCUGUAA